CCUGGCUCCAGCCCAAGGCCAGGCUGGGGCCUCGCAGCUCACCUUCCUGGUGAUGCGUCCCUGCGGAAGGCAGGAGGAAGCUGCGGCCGACAGCGUCCUGAGGCAGGCUCCUGCCCUGGGGGGCAGUGCCGGGGCGGGCAAGCCUGUUAGGUAUCCUUGUGAAGCGGCGGGGGAUGGAGAGGAGGAAGCGGGGGAGGACGAAGCCGACCUGCUGGACACUUCGGACCCUCCGGCGGGAGGCGAGAGCACGGCUAGUUUGGAGGACCUGGAGGACGAAGAGACCCACUCUGGGGGCGAGGGCGGCAGCAGGGGAGCCCGGAGGCGGGCCAGCGGCGGGGGCAGCAUGUGCAAGACCUGCACUUACGAGGGCUGCAGCGAAACCACGAGCCAGGUGGCCAAGCAACGCAAGCCGUGGAUGUGCAAGAAACACCGCAACAAGAUGUACAAGGACAAGUACAAAAAGAAGAAAAGUGACCAGGCCCUGAAUUGCGGUGGAGCCGCCCCAGCUGGCAGUGCGGGGAACGUCAAACUGGAGGAAAGUGCAGAUAGCAUUCUCUCAAUUGUUAAACAAAGAACAGGAGCUUUGGGGGAUCGUCCUGCAAGACCUACACUUUUAGAGCAAGUGUUAAAUCAAAAAAGAUUGUCAUUAUUAAGAAGCCCAGAAGUGGUGCAGUUUUUACAGAAACAACAACAGCUAUUAAAUCAGCAAGUUUUGGAGCAAAGACAACAACAGUUUUCAGGAACAUCAGUGAAAACUUUUAAAAGGCAAACCUAUCAAUAAGAGUAACAAAUUACAGUAUGUCCAGUGUUAGGACAAUAAAUGUAGGUGUCUCAAGUUUAACUGCAAAAAUGUGUUAGUUUCUUGGUUUUUAAGCUCUGAAAUAGAUAAGUUAAACUGAGUCAUAGCUGUACCAAGAAGUACUUAAGGAGAGAAAGAAUCUUUUUGUUCAUUUUUAUAUGCUUUAGACUUGCAUAUCUGUGCAAAAACACUUUUACCAAAAUUAUUCAUUAAAGUUCACUUGUUGACCUUUGA